AUGCGCCUCCGGGCGCUGGCCCUGGUGCUGCCGCUGGCGUGCCUCGGCGCGCCGCCCUGCGGCCCCGGCGGCUACGGCGGCUGCGCCGCCGUGCGGUCGAAGCCGGCGACGGAGCGCGUCGCCGUGCUCCUGACGGGCCUCGUGCGGACCUUUGAUAUUGUGCACCCGCGGCUCCGCGCCGAGCUCGUCCUGCCCCUCGAGGCGCGCGGCGCGGCCGUCGACGUCUUCGUGCAGACGUCCGCCGCGUCCACAUGCGGACUGCGAGACGUGCAGAACGACGCGUGCCCGCGCGCGGCCUUCAAGGGCCUGCGGUCGCGGCCCGACGGCGCCGCCGUCGUCGCCGCGGCGGCCAACGCGACGACGUCGACGGGCCGCCUCGCGGCCGCGAUCGAAAAGCUCGCGCGGCCGAACUUGCGGCUCGACUUCGGCGCGAACGCGAGCAUCGAGCGCGAGGUCGAGCGCAUGGCCGUCGACGCGGCGUUGGACAUCAAGGAGAAGGGCGACCUGAACAACAACUACGAGCGCCACAAGAACGAGCUCUACAAGGCGCACCAGUACUGGCGCAUGGACCGCGCGCGCGUCGCGGCGUUGGCGUUUGCCGCGGGCGACUCCGCGGGCGCCGGCGGCCCGCCGGGCGCGGCCUGGGGUUCGCCCUUCAACUACACGACGAUGGUCUGGCUCCGGCCAGAGCAGGAAAAGAGUGAUUCAAGUUCGCUUCAACAUGAGCUCCGCCUCGACGCGCUCUUGAACGCGCGGCCCGGCCGGUCGAACGUCAUCUCCCUGGACCAGGACGACAAGCGGCACAGGUCGGAGGAGGAGACCUUCAAGUACUACGUGCCGCCGGCGCGCGGCGCGGAGUUGCCCCCCGCCGGCGCCGCGACGCUCCUGGCGGUGCCGGGCAGCUUCGGCCGCCGCGCCGCGUUCAGCAACCGCGACUACGACUGGUGCGUCUACGGCCCGCCGGCCGUCUUCGCCGUCUGGACGGCCCAGUGGAAGCUCGCGGACGUGCCCUGCGCCACAGUCUGGGCCGGCUGCGCGGGGCCCGAUCGAAGCCCGCCGCCGCGGUUCCCGAGGCUCUCGGGCGACCCGAACCUCUGGAACGGCGACGUCUGCACGAACGAGCCCUUCGAGUGCCGCCUCGCCGCGGCCAUGGACGCGCGCAACUUCACCUUCGAGUUCGCCAAGUCGCCCCGGGGCGAGCCGGAGCUCGUCGCCGCGAUCGCGCAGAACACGUUCGGCGCGCCCGGCGGCAUCGACGAGAUGCUCUACUGCGAUGGCGACGUCGAGGGCUACGACCGGCGCAAGGCGACGCCCAUCGUCGGCGACCCGAUCCGCGAGGCCGGCCGCGCGAAGCUCGUCGCGCAGAUCCGCGCGGACCACACCCGCGAGGGCCUCGUCGCUGCCGCGCGCGCCGCCGCGCCGGCGACGAAACCCGCGCGGCGCCGCGCGCGGCCCGCGAAGCGCGCGCCCCCGCGGGACCCGCGCCUCGAGGCCCGGGCGCAGCUCCUGCGGCGGCUCUUCGACGAGCUCGUCGACCCCGCGGCGCGCCGCGCGGCGCACGAGGCGGCCGCGGCGCGGAGCCUCGCGCUGUGGGAAUCGAAGGCGCCGCGGCUCUCCGAGGCCGAGGCCCUGCGGCGGUCCAUCGUCAACAACUCGACGGUGCACCGCGUCUACGGCGCCCUCGGCGGCGCGCGGCGCCGGCCCCUGGACCGCGGGACGCUCGGCGCGUUCUUCGGCAACGAGCUCGCGACCGGCGGCCACCGCCUCGACGACAGGCAGGUCGACUGGGUCCACGCGGCGCUGACGCACGCGGCGGCGGCGAACGAGGGCGGCGAGGCCUUCACGCCCGGCGAGCUCAAGGAGGCCGUCGAGCGCGCGGACCGCGACGCGGACGUCGCCGCGGCGCGCUCCGGCGGCAAGGCGACGCGCGGCCGCGGGUCCUGGGUCUACUCCGCCGCCGCGUGGCUCGCCCGCGUCGACGUGCCCCUGGACGCGUUCCUCAAGGCCGCGGCGGCGUCGCCCAUCUGCGCGUCGGACGCGGACCUGGCCGCGUGCCGCCGCGCGUUCGUCGCAUCCCCCGAGCUCGCGGACGCGUUCUGCCGGACCUACGACUUCGCGACGCCCGUCGUCGACGCCAUCGUCGACGACAGCCACGUGCCGCUCUACGAGGACUGCCUCGCGCCCGCGACGCACUGGGACGCGCGGCGCGUCGCCGCGAGCCAGCGGCGCCUCUACGGCGCGGCGGCGUGCGCGGCGCCGUUUCGAAACGGCGAGCGCGACGCCAGGGCCAAGGCCGACGCCGCGGACCUCGCGCGCUACCUCGACCUCGCCAUCUGAAUAAGGAGCACUCACUCGUG